AUGGUCACCACGGCAGGGGUUCCACCUUCACUCCUUUCAUCAUUACCAUGGGCAUGCUCGACUAGACGGAUAGCAGGAACAGCAGUCGGAGCAGGUGUGGGAGCGUCUGUACUUUUAAGUCGCAGAGGCGCUCUUACCACCCCGGUUCAUUCGGUUCAGGGUCUGGCCCACCGACCGACGGCACGGCGAUUGCACACGGCAGUGUGGCCCUCCUACGGCAUCACGACCCCCGUCCCCGAUCGCCAGCUUCUGGGUCUCGCGCAAUCCCCCUUUCGCUUCGAUACGGGCUAUGCGCUCUGUGCUAAACGACCUCCGCGCCCGUUUCCUCCUCCUUUCUUAUCGCUGCCGUCUUCGUCCUUUUCGGAUCCCUUGACGACUCAUUCACUCAGCCAGGAUAAGAGAUUAUCCGUACGGGGCGAACUGGUUCGCGGUCUAAACAAUGGAGACGAUGCCAUCAUCGUUGCGGAGAACUUUUUGGGUGUGGACGACGGGGUAGGCGCAUGGGCGACGAAGCCUCAUGGCCAUGCUGCAUUAUGGUCCCGUCUCCUCUUACACUUUUGGGCUCUUGAAAUCGAGCGCCGAGUCUCUUCAAAUGCAACCACGCUUGACCCUAUCGAGUACCUCCAGACCGCAUACGAAGAAACUAUUCGCGCGACGACCACCCCGACACAGUGGCUCGGCACGACAACGUCAGCUACUGCCCUUCUACACUGGACGCGCGAGCACAACGGUACACAGAAACCCCUCCUCUACGUGACAAAUCUGGGCGACUGCAAGAUACUCGUAAUCCGGCCAAGCGAAGAGAAAGUCCUCUUCCGGACGACAGAGCAAUGGCACUGGUUCGAUUGUCCUAUGCAACUGGGUACGAACAGCGUUGAUACCCCGCGCAAGGACGCCGUGCUGUCCAAGGUGGCUCUGCAGGAAAACGAUAUCGUGCUUGCGCUGUCGGACGGUGUGAUGGAUAACCUCUGGGAACACGAGGUGCAGACGAUCGUCCAGGAUAGCUUGAAGAAAUGGGACGCUGGACACGUUCAAGCCAAAGAUCUGGCGCCUUCGCCAGAGUUAUCGGAUGAUCGCAUGGUCUACGUGGCUAGGGAGUUGCUUAAUGCGGCUCUGAAUAUUGCCCAGGAUCCUUUUGCGGAGAGUCCGUAUAUGGAGAAGGCGGUGGAUGAGGGCAUUGCCAUUGAAGGUGGCAAAAUGGACGAUAUCUCCGUUGUGGUUGCGUCCUGUCAGAAACGCACCUGA